AUGGAGGGUCAAAUCAUUAAUGCUAUUCAAAUAGCGUUGAGUGGAUCAUCAGAUCAAAAGCUUCAGCUACAAGCAUACGAGUUUCUCAAUGAAGUCAAGGCGACAAAAGAUGGGUACAACACUGCAUUGGAUUUGAUCUCGAAAUCAACAACAUCAGAAGUCAACAGUGAGUUGAAAUUCUUUCUUUACCAAGUCAUUGAAGAAAACGUGGAAAAUCUCACUCGUGACGAGUGCCAUCAACUUUGUCAAACUGUGCUACGUGUGCUAUCAGAGUUUGUUUCAAACGACAUUAAAGACCCAACAUAUUUGAGAAACAAGUUUGCCCAAAUCCACGCCAAAACAUUCACACUGGUCUAUAUAGACAUCUACCCAAACUAUAUAAAUGACUUGCUCAAAUUGACUGCAUCAGGUAAUCAAUUGGCUAUUGAUUACUACACCAGAAUCUUGGUCAACAUCCAUUCCGAAAUAGGGGACAAGUAUAUUGCCCGUUCACAAGCAUGGACUGAGAGAAACGCGGUGAUUAAGGAUGCUUUGAGAGAUAAAAAUAUGAAUGAUUUGGUGUCCAGUUGGUUCAAAAUCUUGACAGAUGGUGGUCAUUGUGAAGAAAUCCUAGAAAACACUUUAAUCGUCAUUGGACUGUAUGUGGACUGGAUGGACAUUGCCUUAUUUGUCACCCCACAAUGUAUAAACACCGUCGUUGGCUACCUCACUCGUGAGCAAGAGAGAAAGACAACAUGCAACACUUUGAUCCACAUAUUAUCAAAGAAAAUGCCACCCGAAGAUAAAUUAGAGUUGAUCUCAUUGCUCAAUUUGACAAACAUCAUAUCUUCAAUACAAUUGGCAGGUGAUGUUGAGUUUGAAGAACAAGUUGCCAAAUUGUCCAACCAAAUCGGCGAGGAACUAUUGUACGUUUUGGGCAAUGAACCUAGCUUGGUUAAUCAAAUAAACGAACAUUUGUACACAUUGUGGCCAAUUAUUCUUACAUUUUUGAGCCACGAGUAUGACGACGUAUCGCAAAAUGUGUUUCCUUUUAUUCAAAUGUUUUUAAGUGCUUGUAAGAAAAACACAUCCUUGUACUCAGUGGAGCUAUUAUCAACCCUUUUGAAUAAGAUUAUAUUGAAAAUGAAGUAUGAUGCAGAUGAUGAAGAUGGCGAUGACUAUGAUGACGAUGACGACAGUGAGAGACAAUUUAUUGAGUUUAGAGCAAGAUUAAAACUUUUCCAAGAUCAAAUUGCUGGACUUUCGCCUGAUUUGUAUAUAGAAGCAAUUCCAGUGGUUAUCAACGAGUCCCUAUUUGAAGGAGACAAGUCUUGGAACAAGUUGGAGUUAGGAUUGUUUGAAUUGAGCAAUUUUUCAGAAAGUUUAAAGAUGAAUUUGAUCAACGUGCCUAAAAACAAAGUCAAUGAAAGUAAACCCUACAUGAUUUUCCAAGAGUUUUUGAUUAAAUUGAUUGACUCAUCAUUCAUACUAGAAGUCAAUCAUCCACAUAUUCAAUCAAGCUUCUUUGAGUUGGUGGUGAAGCAUUACAGUUUUUUAAACUCGCAUGAGAAUAGACGUGAUUUGGUUCUUCGAAUUUUGGAAAUUUUUACAUCUCCAUUGGGGUUGUUUAAUAAUAACGAAAAAGUUCGAUUAAGAAGUUGGUAUUUAUUUUUCAGAUUUAUGAAGCUCACGAAACCGAAAUUAGAUAAUGAACAGCUUAUCGAACAAAUUGUGAUGAAAUUGAAACCAUUACUUGUGAUUAAAGCCGAGUUGCCCACUCGAGAUGAAGACGAUGAUGUUGUCGAGAAUGGGAAUUUUAACAAUCAACAAUACCUUUUUGAAACAAUUGGGUUGAUCAUCUCGCUUGUUCCUCAUGAGUAUACCCCAGUCAAGGUGAAACUUGUUGAAUCAGUUUUCCAGCCAAUUUUCAGCGAUUUGGAAAAAUGCAUCUCAAUCCAAGAUAAAGAACCAAUCAUUGUUUUGCAAGCCCACCACCUGUUGAUGGCAUUGGGUACGAUUGUACGUGGGUACGAUUAUGAAUCUAAUCUCAAGUUUCCCCCGGAAAUUGUUGAAAAAGUUAAUAAUGCAGCUCAAGUGGUGUUAAUUACUUUGGAAAAUUUUUCCAAAUUCGAAACGAUUAGAGACGCAUCUAGAUUUGCAUUUGCAAGAUUCGUUCCAUUAUUGAGCAGUUCCGUCAUUAGUGGCCAUUUGACUAAAUUAAUCACCAUCAUUUGGUCAUCACCAAACUUGAAAAUUAAUGAAAUUAGUGAUUUCAUGAGCUUUCUAGGUCAGAUUGGGCACACGUACAAAUCCGAUGAUAAUAUUUACCAAUUACUCAAUAAUUUUUUCACCCCGCUAUUUUCAAAAGUUUUUCAAACUUUGGAUCAACAGGUUGCUGAAGAUGAAAACUUGCGACCAGACAUUAUUAGGGAUAAAAUUUUGCUCAAGAAAUCAUUACUCAAUUUUCUCAAUUCCAUCAUUACUAAUCAUUUGUCGAGUUUGUUGGUGACUGAAACCAACAAGAACGAAUUUGCCACCAUUGUGUCAAAAUUAUUUGAAUAUGCGUAUGAUUUAUCCGAUACUAGUGCCUCCAAGUUGGCAAUUGUACAACUAAUCAAUCUCGUCAAUGUCUUUGGUGAUGGUGGUAAAAUCACUGACGAAAAGGACUUGUAUGGCCAAUCCCUUCCUCCGAUUGAAGGGGUUGACGAGUUUUUAAUGGAAAAAGUUGUACAACUAUCAUUUGAAUUGCCGUUCCAAAGACAAGAAUUUGUAUUGGCCGAUGCUCAAUAUAGAUUGAUUGCUCAAGAUAUCGCCAUGUUGCUCAAAACAUAUCAACAAAAAAAGAAAGAAAGUUUCAUCAAGUUUCUUUCUGCUUAUUUAACCAAUAUGGGGCUAAGUCAAGAUUUACUCAACGAUUUCUGCACUAAUUUGAUUAAUUUGGACAUUAAGGAUUUUAAAAAGUAUUUUGUCACUUUUGUUAAUCAAAUGAAGGGGAGUAAAUAG